UGAGAAACUCGCGCAACGCCGAAUGAACCGCCCUCCGGGGUUUUCUUGAUACCCAUUGCCAGUCUAUUUAAAUCAGUGUCAUCCCGCUCGAAAUAACAAUUAAAAGUCUGUGCCUGUCUAUCAAUCGCAGCAUAAUCAUCGCUUAAGCAGAGAAUUCCCGUCUUUCUUCCACUGUCAUAAUGGGCUUCGCCACGGCAUUUGUCUCUUCAGCGACGCUGACGUCCGGAAUCCUCUACCUCAGUGUGAACAUUCACCAGCGCAACCGGGCAUACCAAUCUGCCCUAAUCAGACAACAGACCGCAAUUUUGGACUCAAUUGUUCACCCUCCGCCUGCUGUGGCACCUGCAGGUGCCCACCAAGAACGGGCAAGUCUGGUCGAGACGGCCAAGGACCGAUGGAACUCUGAACUUGAGAAUGCCGUGAAAAGAGUACAGGCGAUCGACUGGGCGCGUGUACGGGAAACAGCCGAAGAUAAGGUAGCCAGAGUGUGGGAGAGAGCAAUCCAAAAGGGUGAAGCAGGAGUGCGCGAGAUUGAGAAAAAGGCAUGAAAUGCGGCGUAGAGCGCCGUUGUGAGACGGAAUUGGAAAAAAUUUCAUACGUUACGGGCUGCACAUCUUUAGAGUAAUACCAUUUGUUUUUUUUUCCUUGUUAUUGAUUUAAUGUAUUGACAUUCAGUAGCAGAGUGCGGGGCUUGAAUUUAUUUGCUCAGGUGCCACUGAUGAUUCUCGACAC